AUGGGAAAUCUUAAUCCGGCUCGUUCUGAACAUCCUGAAUUAAAUGAACGUGAAAUAUCAUAUAUAAUUCUUCAUACUCAUUUUACACGGAAACAGAUUAAUGAUUUUUAUAUUCGAUUCUUAACUUAUUACCCACGUGGUUAUGUAAAUUUUCCACAAUUUUGUGAUCUAUAUUCAAAUGAAUUAAAACAUUUAUCUAAUUCACAACCAUUACUUGAACGUUUAUUUCAUCAUAUAGACACAGAUAAAAAUGGACAAUUAAAUUUUAAAGAGAUUCUAUUUCUUAAAGCUAUUAGUAUGCCUGAGACAGAUGAUGAUGAAAAACUUCGAUGGAUUUUUUGUCUUUAUGAUACUAAUCUUGACCAUCAUAUUGAUGAACAUGAAUUCUUUAGUUUAUGUCAUUUAGCUUAUCGUAUUCAUGGAAAACUAUUGACAAUAGAUCGGCUAAAUGAAUUUAGAUUUUUAUUUAAAAAACUUGAUAUUAAUAAUGAUAGACAAUUAAAUUUAGAAGAAUUUAUUCAACUAUGUCAACAAUGUACAGAUUUACUUGAAUUAAUAACACCUAUGUUUAAUAAAACGAGUUGGAAUUCAAAAAAAAGUCAGUGUGGAAUAUUUUCAUCAACCAAUGAGCUCACAUCUGAUCGGAUAGACUAUUUAAUGAAUCGAACAAAAUUUACUCGUGAACAAAUUCUACAUUAUUAUCAAACAUUUCAAAAAAAUUGUCCUUCAGGUCACUUAUCAAAAAGUGAAUUUAUUGAUUUUUAUCAAAAAUUACUUCGCUCAAAAUUAUCAAAAGUUUAUUGUGAAUUUUUGUUUCACGCUUUUGAUAGUUUAGCACAAGACGAUUUUAUACAAUUUGAUGAAUAUCUUAUUGCUAUUUAUAUACAUAGUAAUGGCAGUACACCACGAGAAAAACUUGAAUGGCUAUACAAUGCUUAUGAUCAAGAUGCAGAUGGAUUUAUUAGUUACGAAGAAAUAAAACAGAUUGUCAAUGCACUUUUUAUUCUAUAUGAUAUCGAUCGAGAAAAACAUAGUGUUGCUUAUAUAUCGUAUGAAAUUAUGGCAAUAUUAGAUUUAAAUGAUGAUGAUAAAAUAUCAAAACAAGAAUUCGUAAAUAUGCUUAAAGAUAAAGAACUUACUAGUUUUUUAGCUCCAUCGUUUAUCAAAAAACAAAGUUAA